UACAAGUGAAAGUAAAUUGAUCCGCGGACAUUUCACGAACACGAGCUUCAGUCAGCGACACAUCUAUAUUUGUGCUGAUUUAUGGCUAAAGGACAUGAUCGAUCUGGUUUAAUGUAGCAUUUGAAGAUGCGCGGAUCGAGCUGUGUUUUGAUGUCAGUGCUGCUGCUGAUCGCCGAUGGUUUGAUUGUAAAAGGUCCCUCUGGUCCUCUGGUUGCUCCUCUGGGAUCCUCAGUGGUUUUGCCCUGUUCUGUUGAUGAACUUUUAUCAGUGAAGGAUCUGGAGGUGGAAUGGAGAAGAACAGACUCUGAGACUUUAGUUCAUCUGUAUCAGGACGGUGAGAGUCGAAUAGAAUCCCAGCAGCAGGAUUAUCAGGAUAGAGCUUAUUUCUUCACUGAUCAGAUUCAACAUGGAAACUUCUCCCUCCGGCUGGACGAUCUGAGAGCUGAAGAUGAGGGACAGUAUAAAUGUAAAGUUUACAUUCAGCAAGAGUCCAGUGAGACUGUGGUUGAAAUAAAAGUUAAUGCUGAGCGUUUGAGAGUAUCAGGUUCAGAUCAGCACAUAUCUGCGUCUGUGGGAGAAGACGUCACUCUGAACUGCUCUGUAGACUCUCACAUCCCACCUGGAGACUUUGAAGAGGUUUCAUGGAAGAAAACAGAUGAAGGUAUUCAGGUUCUGCUCUACCAAGACAAUGAGGCACAUUCAUCAAAUGAGCGAUACAUAGACAGAGUUGAGCUCUUCCCUGCUGAAAUCCCCAAAGGAAACUUCUCUCUCAGACUGAAGAGCAUCAGAACUGAGGAUAAAGGAGUUUACAUGUGUGAGGUGUUUGCUGGAGGACUUUCAGCAAAUGCAACUGUAGUACUGGAGAGACUGGGUUUCUCAGUUGUACACAUAAUGAUGCUGAUUCUCUGUAUUUCUGCGUCUGGAUCUGCACUUCUGCUCUUCUACCUGAUCUACUGCAGAUCUCCUACUAAAGGUUUAAUUGUGGAAAAUUCAAACUUUGAUGUUCUUCUGGGAAGUUGGGUGGUUUUGCCCUGUCAUGUUCCUCCACACUUACUAACUGAAGAUCUGAAGGUGGAGUGGAGAAGAACAACGAGAAACUCAGACACUCUGGUUCAUCAGUAUCCAGAUAGUGAGAGUCGAACAGAUGAAGAGCAGCAGGAUAAUCAGAAAAGAGCUCAUUUAUUCACUGAUCAGAUUCAACAUGGAAACUUCUCCCUCCGUCUGGACGAUCUGAGAGCUGAAGAUGCUGGAGAAUACACAUGUACAGUUCACAGCAAGAGGGAUUGUGUGUUUUCAGCUAAGACAAAACUGGUCCUGAAGUUCUUUAUAAAUGGUAAUGUUGUUCCUCUUGGAGGUUCAGUGGAUUUGCCCUGUCGGGUUGAUGAAAGCUUGUUAGAGAACAGUCUGAAGGUGGAGUGGAGAAGAGCAGACUCUCAGACUCUGGUUCAUCUGUAUCAGGAUGGAAAGAUUCGAGCAGAAGAACAGCGCCAUGAUUAUCACAAAAGAGCACAUUUCUUAAAGAAGAAGAUUAAAGAUGGAAACUUCUCCCUCCGUUUGAAAAAACUGAGAGCUGGAGAUGAAGGAGUUUACAGAUGUAUCGUAUACAAGGACCAGGAUUGUGUGUUUUCAGCCGAUGCAGAGCUGAUACUGGGAUUCAUUGUAAAACAUUCCCAUCACACACCUGCUCCUCUGGGAUCUUCAGUGAUUUUGCCCAUAUGUUGGUAUGCUGAUGAUCUUUCAUCAGUGGAGGAUCUGGAGGUGGAAUGGAGAAGAACAGACUCUGAGACUUUAGUUCAUCUGUAUCAGGACGGUGAGAGUCGAGCAGAAGCCCAGCAGCAGGAUUAUCAGGAUAGAGCUCAUUUCUUCACUGAUCAGAUUCAACAUGGAAACUUCUCCCUCCGGCUGGACGAUCUGAGAGCUGAAGAUGAGGGACAGUAUAAAUGUACAGUUUACAGUAGCUUUUUUUGGAAUGGCAUGUUUUCAACCAAUAUACAUUUGGUACUGAAACUACUAGACACAGUCUUUCGUCUUCAGAUGUUUCUCGUCUUCUGUCCAAAUGUUCUGAUGUUUCUAGCGUUUGUCCUCUGGGGUGUUUCUGAAGGAUCUCUGUUUGAGUCGGUCUCUUGUUGUGCUCUUUAUUUUCUGAGGCCUCUCUUGUUGCUCUGGACAGCUCCGUAUAUUAAUAACUUCACAGGCAACAUUAAAACAUGGGUUCAAUAUUACAGUUAUGUGACAGAAUAUAUUGUUUUCUCAGCUGUUUUUUAUUCAGUUCUGUUUAAAUCUGCCGUGGACAAGAGUCUGAAUUACGCUGGAUUUGAGGGAGUCAUGAUUAUAAUUCUCUUUGUGAUUGUGAUUCUGUUCACCCUCUUCUAUAUUAUUUUCUUGUUGACUGACUUCACUGGUAAAUUAAGUGAACGGAUCAGUACUAUAUUCAAUGUUCUGGCUGGAAUAAGUUUUGAUGUUCUGCCUUCACUUCAGUUCAUCCUCCUCUUCUACUCCUUUGGAUCUGCUAAAGGAGGAUUCAUCAUUGUUGCAGUUUUACCAGUGUUUACCACAGUGACGAGAUACAACUGGGACGCAUUAUGUGGUCAACAGAUGGGCUGUUCACCUGCGGUCAGAAGAUCAGUGUGGUUAACUCUCAUGAUGCUGAUCAAUGCUGUAUUGGUCUAUUUCUACAUCACAGCUCUGGAAAAUGAAAAGGAUCGUGUCGGAUGGACCUGUGUGAUUGUGUUUCUCCAGUCUCUCUGGGCACUGGUCAACUUCACAGGCUCAUUUACAUUCGAUCUUCCCAGUGUUGUAGCUGUGUAUGUGUUUGGAUCAGUCGGUGUUGUGUUACUGAACUCUGUUGCUCUGAUGACUGAACUGAUCCUCAAAACAGUUAAUGGUGAAGGAGCGACGGGAGACAUGAGGAUCAUCGUCUUCUCCUCUGAAUUACUCUUCAUUUUAAUUCUGAUGAUUUUACUGGUAUUUGAACCCUGGAUCACACCGUGUCUGCAGUCUUGUUCGAAGGCAAUGAAGUCUCGUCGAGCUGCAGCCGCUGGAUCACAGAAUCAGGAAUCUCAGAAUGCAGCAGCAGAUUCAGCCACUGGAUCGAACCAGAACCAGAAUCCAGCAGAAUCACAUGAGAUGAAGCCUCUUCUGAACACACAAAACCAGGAGAACAGCAGGAGCGCCGGGACGGAGGAAACUCAGCCGGAUUCAGUGGUUUCACAAUAAUAAUCAACAGUCAGAGAAAAACACUCGUGAAGAGCUUUCUUCUGAGAUUUAAGAGUUCAGUCUCGUUCUUCAUCUGUUAUUGAGGCCGUUAUUAAAUGUACGUUUGCUGUAAAUAUAUGCAGGAUGUUUAACUGCCAGUGCACUUGUUCUUUAUAUUGAUGUAAUAGUGAUCUGCUUUUAUAACUAACUCUAGCUGUAAACUACUUCAGCAGUAGAAAUUAAACUGAGACUCCUUCAAGAUCAACGGAGAGAAAUCAGUGUUAUAAUAUUAACUUUAAUAAACACGUCUGUGGAUUGAUGCUGGAGUCUGAAGAUCACAGAGAUCACAGUUCAGGAUCACAUCAGAAACACUGAGACUGAACAUCUACAGCUUCAGAUGAGCGCUCAGAUCCUUCAUUGUGACUCUGUCAUGAAGAGUAAAACAUUAGGACACAUACACUGUUAUUAAUAAAACUAACUUUGACUACUCUUA